AUGCGCCUGUUCCAUGAAUAUUCACCGACUGCCGCCCCCCGCUCCCCACAGGUCCCCAUCAACCCUUGGUUUCUCGUUUUCCCCCCACCAAAGAAACCUACAACUCCCGUCGACCUUUUUUUUUCUCCUCCCGACCCGCCGUGUCGCCUCUUCCCCACACACACGCGUGUCUUUCAAACGCGGCUCCCGCAGGGCGCUUUCCCCGCGCCUCAGCUGGGCGUGGCGGCUCACGCGGGGGAAAGGGAGGCGGACACACGCACACCCCCGGGACACCCCACCCUCCUGCCACGCCGGAGCUCCAGCAUGGGAGGCAAACUGAGCAAGAAGAAGAAGGGAUACAGUGUCAAUGAUGAAAAAGCAAAAGACAAAGACAAGAAGGCUGAAGGAGCAGCAACUGAGGAAGAGGAGACUCCAAAGGAGGCUGAGGAUGCCCAGAAAACCACAGAGACCACAGAAGUGAAGGAGAACAACAAGGAGGAGAAGGGAGAAAAGGAUACGCAGGUCACUGCCAAUAAGACGGAAGAAAAAGAAGGGGAGAAGGAGAAAGCAGUGACCCAGGAAGAAACCCAGAAAACAGAACCUGAGAAGUCAGAGGCUGUUGUUGAUGCAAAAGUAGAGCCACAGAAGAACACCGAACAGGCACCCAAGCAAGAGGAGCCGACUGCUGCCUCUGCUCCUGCUGCCAGUAGCGAAGCACCCAAGCCCUCUGAGCCUAGCACCGAUGCAAAAGCUUCCCAGCCUUCAGAAGCCACAGCUCCCAGUAAAGCAGAUGACAAGAGCAAAGAGGAAGGGGAAGCCAAAAAGACUGAGGCUCCCGCAACACCUGCAGCCCAAGAAACUAAAAGUGAAGUGGCCCCAGCUUCAGACUCAAAACCUAGCAGCAACGAGGCUGCGCCUUCUUCCAAGGAGCCCGCGGCAACAGCAGCACCUAGUUCAACUGCUAAGGCCUCGGACCCUGCAGCCCCUCCAGAGGAAGCGAAACCUUCUGAAGUUCCAGCGACUAAUUCGGAUCAAACCAUAGCAGUGCAAGAUUAAAUUGGACAGCCUGUUGAAACAACCACUUAAAACAACCUGUGUCUUUUUUUUAUUUUUUCAGCUAUACUAACUCGUUUCAGAUCUGAAAUAGCAAAUAUGUAUUGCCCAGAAAAGAAGGAGAGAAAAAAAAAAGAGAAAAAAUGAAAAGGAUGUCCCAUCAAGUUGGGAGGGAGGGAGGGGGGAGAAUCCAAAUAGUAUUUUUGUGGGGAAAUAUCUAAUAUACUUUCUGCCAACUUGACACAAGUCCUGGAUUAAAAUAAAUAAAUAAAUAAAUGGAUGUCUGAAAGUACAGCACAUCUUUUGUAUCUGAACUGCUGUAAAUGCACUCCACCGGUGUAUCAAAACCUUCUUUUUGUUCUGUAAUGGGGUUUGGGAGUGAUGCGUUUGAUUCUGCCCACUAGGUUUGUGCCAAGGCAAUCAGAUCUUUAUGAAAGCAGUAUUUUCUGUGGUUUUUUUUUUUUUUUUUUUUAUUUACAGCCUUUCUUAUUUUGAUAUUUUUUUUAUGCAGUGGAUGAAUGCCAACUUUCAGACAAAACCCACUUAGCUGUCCACAUAUUUCUCAAUGCCAAUCCUCCAAUUCUUCCUCUCCAAAUAUUUUUUGGGAGUAAAAAGCAUUCUCAUCCUACUUAGCCUACCUAGAUUUCUCAUGACGAGUUAAUGCAUGUCCGUGGUUGGGUGCACCUGUAGUUCUGUUUAUUGGUCAGUGGAAAUGAAAAAGUCUGCGUUCAUUGCAGUUCCAGUUUCUCUUCCAUUCUGUGUCACAGACACCAACACACACUCAUUGGAAAACAAAUGAAAAAACAAAAUGUACAAUGGAUGCAUUGAAAUUAUAUGUAAUUGUAUAAAUGGUGCAACAGUAAUAAAAGUUAAAUAAUUUAAAAAAUA